AUGUCAUUACGGGUUCUUCUGCCAACUUUACGAAGAUGCGUCACCAAUUUUCGACGAGAAUUCAGUGUCACGCCUCAAUUGUCUACAAUACCAUUUGUUAUUGAAAAUGAGGGCCGUGCAGAACGUGUCUAUGAUAUUUACAGUCGGCUGCUUCGUGACAGAAUUGUCUGUGUUAUGACACCAGUAAGUGAUUCAAAUUUUUACGAGCUGAAAGGCGAUGCGUGGUCUGUGAGAAGACGCCAGGAC